AUGGAAGUAAUGGGUUAUGGAGGUAAAACAAGUAGUCAACAAACAGAAUUAGAAAUGGAACAAUAUAUAAGUAGUUUAUAUUUAACUGAUUUUUCGAAUAUGUUAUUGGCUAUACAUUCAGCUACAAAUUGGUUAAUAUUUUAUAAAUGGCCAGAAUGUAAAGAAAAAAAAGUAAAACGUUUUGCUACAAGUUUAACACUUUCGGCUUCUUCUAGAGCUGAUUGGUUGAGAGGAUCAGCACCAAUAGAUUCUACUUCCGCGGAACAAGCAUUAAAUAAAUUUAGAGAAUUAAAGAAUGAAAUAUGUGCCGAUAUACUUUCUUCGCUUUGCAAUACUUGUUCUUCAAUUGGAGAUGCUUUAGGUAUCGAUAAAAUUCAAAAUCGACCAAUUACUCCUCAAUUAUUCCUAAAUAAUACAGAAUUACUUCAACAUACUAAUUUACUUGGAAAUAUUAUUGGUAAUUUAUUUUCUUAUAAACUUGCCAAAAAGGAGGGCUGA